GUAACGAGCAGUUCCGAAUGUAUUUGAACGGAAGUAAACAAAGCUUUGAGGGAUUUUGUUGCAGUUUUCCAUAACCCUCGCAUAUUAUAAUUCAUACCAACAGUAAACAAUCACCACAACAACAAUGUAGAAUUCAAACUGAACAUGUCCAAAAGUAACCAUAAACCUCCAUAGAAAUAUCCUGCAAACGAAAUAACGACAUGGAAUUCUCAUAUUUCUGUGUCAUUCAGUGCAUAGUGACAUAUAUAUGUAUUGCAGCUGGGAAAUUUGCGUCAGAAGUGGUUGUCACAGUUACAGCAAUACAAACCAACCAAGUGACCUUGAUGAUAAAAAAGCAUGGUGAGCCAAACCAGCCACUGAACUUACCAUGUAUGUUAUGUUAUGUUCAAACAGAAACUAAAGAAAAAAAAUGUGUAGAUCAGACAGAUUUUCAAGGACAUACAAAUAUCACCAUUCUACAUUUACAGCCAGGCACAAGUUAUAAUGUGUUUGUAGAAUGCAAUGAUGUUCUAUCAUCUAAUAAAUGCACAUUCAAAACAGAAAUCCAAGGAGGCAGUACAACAUCUUCUGGUCCGGAGGUUGUAUACAAAGAAAGUCAGUUAUUCUCAGCGACAACAUUAGAUGUAGUUCUUGGUGUUUUGUUUGGAGUUGUUGCCCUUUGUAUUUUGGCUGUUACAUCAUUAUAUUUGUACAGACGACAUCAAAGAAGAAGGAGAUUACAAAACUUUCUCAGGACGCCACAUACAGAUCCAUUUGAGAGUUUGCAAGAUUACGUUGAAGGAGAUACUGGUAGUCAAUUCAUGUAAUUGAAUAUAAUGAUUAUUGAUUCUCGUGACAAACUAUACUUGCACCAUUUACCUUGUAAGAGAUAGAACUGAAGAAUCAUGAAUUUAUCAACAGCUAGGAGUAAUCUUAUACUUGAGCAUAAUUUGAACAAUAUUAAAUGUGAUAUAUAUUCUUAAUUUGAAUAUGCCUGUUUUACAUUUAGUUAUAUGGACAUUAAAACUUACUCUUUAAACUUUAAGGAAAAUAUAUUUUGUAUAUCAGUACGAUUUACACUUCAAAUAAGCCAAAAAUAAAUUUUUUUGUGAAAGAAAACAAAAUUUGGUUUACAAUCACAUUAUAUUCUAGAAAACAGAGCACAGGUUUCGACAAACUAAAUAUGAAAGUUAAAAGGGUUAUUUGUUAUAAUAAACAUAAGGUUUAAUUAUUUUGUUGUUGAUGCAUUUGCUGCUUGUAUUUAGGUAUUCAACACCAAUGGAAAUAGGCCUGUUGUCUUUAAUUUUAAUGAAGAUUUAAAAAAAAUUAUGAUUGUUUGAUGUCAUUAAAAGAAUGUCAAUAAGCAACUUUUCCUAUUGUGAUAAAAGCCAAAUCCUAGAAAUAGGGGCAUAAUUUGUGCUUUAUUAAACCUACUUAUUUGGAUUUUAAAGGGGCAUUAGCUGUCAAAUUCAUUUUCACCGAUUUGACUCAAAAUUCCUACAUUCGACUUAUAACAUACUAAAACACAUAUCCAAAUUAUAAAAAGUCUAAAAUAAACAAUUUAAGAAGCGUAGACUCGAUUUUAUGAAUCAGCAUUUCGUGUGUAUUUUAGUCCAGAUGCCAUCUAAAAACCAUAGAGGUGACCUCCAAAGACUGCCGAUGGUUAUAUAACCCAAUAUAAACAUUAAUAUAGAUAUAAAUAGAUUGCGAACUCGUGCAAUUGGAUUUUUCUAAGUCUGUUUGAUUUCAUAUUAUAGGUUAAAAAAAUAUGUUAAUAAUGGUUUUUACCUGUAUAAGAAUGAGUUUUUCUAGAUCGAAUCAGUCAACCAAAUUGUUUACCCUUGUUUCACUUCCAAUAUUUACAUUCUUUUCCAUUUAAUAACUAAACAUGCCUAGUUCAUGCGUAAUCCAUAUCUAGCUAUAGGGAUCUAUUAAAGUUCACAUGAAUACAGAUUCAAUGAGGUUGAAUUAUUCACUUGCAAGUGAAUAAUUCAUUAGCUAUGUUUCUUUGCUUAUUUUGACAAAAUUGAACCAAACUGGCUGAUAAAAGCGAAUUACUAUUCCACUCUUUCACUUUCAUUAAUGAUUGAACAAAAAGAAAUCAUAUUUUAUUUUUUUUAUAUCUCGUAGCUAAUGCCCCUUUAAACUAUUUUAUAUACAUUAUAAAUUGCUACUGGAUGUUAAGCAAGCAACUAAAUCAAUCAAUACAUUAUAUAGGUGAAAAAUUCCUGUACACAUCUCAAUCUAAACCAACAGAAUUCAGGGAAACUGAGAUUUUUCAGUACUUAGGUGCAUUGUUAAUCGUCAUUAUUAUUUUUGGAUAAGAAUGAUUUUAUGUGGGGUUUUCCCUUGCAAAACACUUUGCUUCUUUUAUUCAAGUUUUGCUUUAAAAAACAGUUUCAGGGUUUUUGUAAUUAGUACAUGGACUUUGUCAUUUAUGUUAAUAUGAAUUAUAGACAAUGUUUUCUUACAAUAUAUAUACUUUCUGU